CUCAUUUCGACUUCCAGUCUUUUAUUAGCAUGUGCAAAGAUUACAUAAGCGGAGACAUCCGAUGGCCCACUACAAUAUGGAUGAUUACAUAACUCAUCAGGCCAUAACUCGCAUAACUGCAUAUCUCAUUUUAUUGAUACUACCUAAUUCAAUGUUAGGCUUUUACGGUUACAUCGAUUCCACCACAUGUCCUCAGUGAGCCGACAGCAAUCAUGGCAAUAAAUGCGCCGGCACACUCCUACUCGAGAGAGCCCGACAUUCGACUAGAGGACUAUCUCGACGAUAAGCUCCAGUCCACUACCGAUUUCGAGAGCCUCGAUAAUCUCAUAGCAAGUGUCGAGGUCCAACGCAGCCAAUUGCAGACUCAGCUCGACGAUGCCACCAAGGAGCUCCAAGAUGCCCGACGCGCUGCCCAAGACCGGCAAGGCGGGCUCGCCAAGUCAAUCGAGGAGUUCCACCGGCUCCAGGAGAGCAUAGACGCUCGCAUGAAGAUCGUUGCCGAGUCGACCGCCCCCGACGAAGCGAACCGCCGCCUCGAACAACCCAUGAAGCAGCUCCACAAGGUAGAGCUCGCUUACCAAUAUGUGUCUUUAUUGCAAGACGUGGAGAAGCUGCGGCUAGAGGCGCGCUCGCACCUACCGCAGAGCCCGAAGGCUGCUCUGCAGUCCUACUCAAGACUCAAAGAACUAAGCGUCCGGCUAAGAGAGCUGCAAAGGGCGGCGGAUGAGGCCGCCACGCACCUGGUAAACUACGUCGAGAAGAUCACGGAGGAUCUUUGGCAGGAGAUGAAGGAUAUAAUGUCCAAGGAGCUGGAGAAUAUCCUGAAGAAGCGCAACUGGCCCCAGGGAGUCGAUACGAAUGCCGAGAUGGACGACGAAUGGCUGCAGUGCUUCGAGAAGCUUGUCGAUCUACAGGUACCUGAAAUACUCUAUUCCGAGGGGGUGGUCACGCUCUUACCGAUCGAGGUUAUGGCGAAACCAUUUGUCCAGUGGUUCCGGUUUCAGUUCAUGGGUGAUAAUGCGACUAGUAACCCUCAGUCGUUCGGGACCUUUUGCAUUCCCCAAUUCUUGUCACUCAUUGAUAAGUGGGAGGGCUUCUUUCGCGAUAACAUGGGUUAUAUUCUAGCAUCUCGAUUUAAAGAGACUAGAGCGCGGGAAGUGCGGGAUUUGUCGGUUUACGUGGAUCCUGCUUGCGCUCUGAUCACGGCGUUAUUGCCCGUGAUGAGGGAGAAGGUGAAUGAUAUGGUCCAGCAUGGGCUUAAGAAUCCACAAUUUCUAAGUAGUCUUAUGGUGCAACUCAUGGAUCUAGAUGAUGAAAUACGCUCCAGGUUCAAUUAUGAUGGUGGUGAUCUGGAGCAAGGCUGGGCUGGCCUGACUUCGGAGGUGCUAGAAAAACAUUUCGACGACUGGUUCAAGGCAGAGAAGGACUUUGCUCUCGAGCGCUAUCACGUCAUUAUGAACUCCUUCGACGCCCGGAAUAUCGACUACGACUAUAGCGGCAGUGGUAAGAUGAAACCCACAUUCGGCGCCGUGAGAGUGACCGACUUGUUGAAGUCAGUCACGUCUCAAUAUGAACGGGUGCGCAGAUUCUCCCACAAGCUCAAAUUUCUCAUCGACAUCCAACUUGAGAUCUUGGAUGAUUACCAUGAUCGGUUUAAGGACUCCCUAGAUACUUACUAUACUAUUAAUUCAACCUUGGGCCGUACUCUUCACGGGCUGACCAAGGAACAAGCCGCUGCCUUGGAAGGCACGGGUGCAUUCGAAUCGCUCUGCAAGGUGCUAGGUAGUUCUGACCACAUUAUUGCUACUUUGAAAGAUUGGAGUAACGAAGAGUUCUUCGUAACUCUUUGGGAUCAACUUCAGACUAGAGCGAAAAGGACUGAUACUGAUGGUAAUAUCGCUAGCGGGAUGAGUUAUGAGAAUGUUAAGGACAAAACCUCUUCAGUCGUCGGCUCGGAUGGUGACGGUGGCAUGUUGUUUGAUGAGACUAUCGCGGCAUACACUCUUCGUCGCAAGACUGCUGAAGAAUAUAUCAUUUCUGCCCUAAAUGAUUCGCAUCAGAAAGCAUUCCGACCCUACGUCGCCAAGGCUCAUUGGACUACCAUCAGCGACAGUACCCACGUGGAAGCUUCUCAACUUUCCGUGACUCCCGAACUAGAUGAACCCCUGAAGAUACUCAAACGAAACCUGGCUUUUCUUGCUGCAGCAUUGAGCACAGCAGUCUUUCGUCGGAUAUGGCGAGCGUCUCUUGAGAAGCUGCAGGAUUUGCUUUGGACAAAUGUUCUCAUGACGCAAAACUUCACGACGCUCGGAGCUGCUCAGUUCGUUAGGGACCUAGACGCAAUCGCUUCUCUCAUAGACAGACACAUUCCGGACGGCUCCGCGGCGUUCAGUACGCUACAAGACGGCUUAAGACUAUUGAACUUGCCUUUAGAAGCCGAGGGCGGAGCCGUAUCCCUCCAAGAAGCCAGCGACCGUGUCUUCACAGAUAAUACUGAAGCCAAGAAGCUGCUAGCUGAGCUAGACCUAGAAUCCCUCACCCCGGCAAACGCGAGGAAGAUUCUACAAAAACGAGUCGAGAAUAGCGAAUAGAAAGUUUUUUGUCAUUUUGCCUGACACAAGGCCCCUAAUCUAUUGCAAUUUUUUUGCGCCCUUGCGCGACCCCACAUCUGAUGUGUUGAAUUGCUCUUUAAUAAAAUCUAUUCCCACGAGCCCCCCCU